AUGUCAGGAACGGGCGUCAGUACAACAGUGGCCAUAAGUCAGGUACGGAGGUCAGUACCACGGUCAUCCAAUGUCGAUUACGGACCUCAGUAUCACGGUGGUACAAUGUCGGAUAGGGACGUCAGUACUACAGUGGUCCAAUGUCAGGAACGGGCGUCAGUACAACAGUGGCCAGAAGUCAGGUAUGGACGUCAGCACCACGGUGAUCCAAUGUCGGAAACAAUGGAAAAAAGAAAAACUCAGAUGAAUGAAUCAACUCAGCCUAAAAAGGGGAAAUGGUCUUGUCCACAUUGUGACAAAUCAUUUGAGCACAAAAAGACACUUACGAGACACAUUGCAGAAUACGGAGAUAGAAGGUGGAAAUGUGACGUGUGUAACAAAGAGUUUGGAAGGAAAGAUCGGCUUACAAGGCAUAAGAAAGUCCACGGGGAACCACUGCAUUUGUGUUGUGGAAAAUAUUUCUGGAGGACUGACAAAUACAGCGAAUAUUUAAAAUCACACGAGAGCAAUCAACAAGGAGGAGGCAUAGACGAAAACAGAGACAGAGACAAAGAAAACAAUCAACCGCCAAUGAAUGCAUCUACCAAUCAAGCUUUGAACGAUUAG